AUGGUAGUGAACGGAUUUGUAAAUGUGGUGAUAACUACCAUCGAGAAGCGAUUUGGGCUGAGAUCUAUGCAGACUGGAGUUAUAGCGGGAGGAUACGAUAUGGCAUCCUUCGCCUGCCUGGCACCAGUAACCUACUUAGGUGGUCGCAGCAGCGCCUCGAAGCCUCGCUGGCUGGGCUGGGGCUCUCUCCUCAUGGGUACAGGUUCCCUACUCUUCGCGUUACCACAUUUUCUUGUACCACCAUAUAAGAUUGCUGGUGAUGAACCUGAUGACCUGUGUAGUGCUAAUAAGACGUUAGCCCUUGAAUGCAAUGACGAGAUGACGUCAGAUGGUGGCGCUUGGGCAGUCGGGAUUUUUGUCUUGGCUCAACUCUUGCACGGCGCAGGCGCAACUCCACUCUUCACAUUAGGAGUUACAUAUAUUGAUGAGAACGUCUCUAAGAAGAUGUCUUCAGUUUAUUUAGGUAUUUAUUAUACAAUGGCGGUGGUGGGUCCAGCGCUGGGCUACGUGCUGGGAGGACAAAUGCUUUAUAUAUAUACAGACUUCGCGACAGUGAACUCUGAAACAUUAGGAAUUACUCCGCUAAGUUCAGUGUGGAUAGGGGCGUGGUGGAUUGGUUUUAUUUUUUCUGCCUUCCUCUGUCUGAUCGUGGCUGUCCCUCUACUAGCAUUCCCUUAUGAACUGCCGGGAGCAGCAGAAAUCCGAGCAUCGAAGGUAUCAGAAGCUCACGAGGGCUCAGCUUCUAAGUCAGCUGCAUUCAGCGCCUUACGCGAGUUACCUCGGGCCGCGGUGGCCCUCUUCAAGAAUCCUACAUUCAUGUUUCUUAACUUAGCUGGGGCGAGUGAAGGAAUGCUUAUAUCGGGAUUCGCUGCUUUUCUUCCCAAACUCAUUGAAAACCAGUUCGCUGUCAGCGCUUCGUAUGCUGCGCUACUCUUAGGUGUGAUAACAGUUCCUGCGGGAGGUGGUGGCACUUUCGCCGGAGGAUGGCUGGUGAAGAGGUGGAGGCUCGCUUGCGCCGGUAUCAUUAAGCUAUGCGUUGGCGCAACAUUACUGGCGGGACUGUUUACUUUCUCCUUCGUAUUAUCAUGUGACGACUAUCCAUUUGCUGGGAUCACGGCUGCGUAUUCUAGUCCUAGGGUGCCAGGGGGCGACCGACUCCUCGCGGAAUGCAACGCGGGUUGCGGUUGCGCAGGCGCCCCUUAUGCGCCCGUGUGCGGGGCAGACGGCAUCGUGUACUUCUCUCCUUGCCACGCCGCCUGCACCACCGCCACCACCAGUGGCACUGCGCAGCUCUAUCACCACUGCGCCUGUGUCAGUUUCAAUGGCACGCUGCCGGUUUAUACCGAACCAGAUGGUACCAAUCCGGUGAUGUACGAAGCUAUAAACAGCACGUGCAAGUCAGACUGCCCAUAUCUAUGGCUGUUCGUGUUCCUCACGUUCUGCGUGAUGCUGUUCACAUUCUUGGCCACUAUGCCAGCACUUUCUGCUACCUUAAGAUGUGUUCGCGAGGAUCAACGUUCAUUUGCAUUAGGAAUACAAUGGAUUCUAGUUCGGCUCCUGGGCACUAUACCAGCUCCUUUACUGUUUGGGUUUCUCAUUGACUUGUCAUGUUCCGUCUGGGGAUCAGGGCAGGCCGAAUGCGCCAAGACUGGGGCCUGUCAUCUGUAUGAUAAUAAGAAUAUGAGCAGGUAUAUGUUAGCAUUAGCUUUCGCCGGUAAACUAUGUUCACUUAUCUUCUUCUUCCUCGCGUGGUGGUUCUACCGACCACCAGGCACGAAGAAUGGCAACGCGGUGGGUCCAUCCAUUGACCUGGUACAUAGCGAGAAGAGCAAUGGUACCAUACCCACAGUGGCUACAGUUAGUACUAUUUCAAACGGUGUAGACAAAACGAAUGGGUAUUGUAACGCAGCAUUGGAAUGCAGUGAUCAUUUAUAA